UCGGGACUCUCUUUUUAUAGUAGUAGUGAAGAGACAAUCGCUGCAUAUCUACGUGCGAGUAAGCGCUCCUUGCGUUCCGCUUGCUGUAGAGAUAGUGCGCAGAUCCAGUGUAUUGGAUCCAGCUAAAUUGACGUUUUAUCGUUUCAAUCAAUUUUUCAAUCGAUUUUCGUAAAAGUGAAAAACUCGGAGAUUAAAAGCAUCGAGAAAGGAUACACAGAAUCUAACAUGGAGAACAAAAAUAGCAGCGUCGCUAAAGAAUCGGAGUAUAAAGACCAAUAUACAGCGGCAUUUUUAAAAAAUGGACUAAUACGGGGUAUUACAUAUCAAAUAAAAAUAUUAACAUGGGUCACAUGGAAGAUGCUGUCCAAGAAAGAUGCUGAAUGGUGGUUGGGUACGGAGGUACGCGACGCCCGAGGAUUUCACGAUCUAGUUUUGAGAUAUGUUAAUAAUGCCGCAGACGAAAACGGAAAAACAUCCGAUAAAAAAUACAUGUAUCGUUUCGUGCAAAUCAAGCACAUGACGUGUUUGACCGGGGGCACGAAGAUCGACCUUCGCCGUCUAUUGUCCACGGAUAAGGAGUAUUGUCAGUACAGUCUUAUCUACUUGUUCAAAUCUUAUAUGCAUAUGAUCGACAGAUUUGAGAAGAUAACGCCGGAGCAGAUCGUAGACAUGACGGUCUUCACAAACAGGGACAUUAAUACUUCGCUGAAAUUUUUAGUCCCUGUAAAGAGGGAUGAAAUUUUUGACUUCGAAGAGAAGGGCAAACGAUAUCGCUUCGAUUUAGACAUACUGCGAAAAACACCGAACGUUAUAAUAGAGCGUCUGCGAGCGAUGUCGCGAAACGAUGAAACGCGUGUAUGGAGCUUCUUGAGCAAAUUGGUAUUCGCGGUAGGCCAACCCUCCGAACCCGAAUUGGAAAAACUUAUCACCAAAAAUAUGGGGAUGAUUUUCAAUACGCCGCAGAUAUUCUAUAACGAUCUAUUUAAGCACGUAAUGGACUGGUUUCUCAUUCUCGAGGAAGGUAAUGCGCCAUAUCUCACCGAAGAAUACAUAAAAAAGCAUCUGAAGAAGAUGGUAGAUAUGUUGUUGGCUGAAAAAAAAUCGGAUACUUCUUUUACUGCCGAUUCACUUUCUCUCUCAAACCUGUCGUUAACAUAAAAGAAAAUUUUGCAAUUCUCUCUAUGUAAACUUUUUUUUUUUGCAAAUAUACGAUAUAAAGUUUUCAUUUUUUAUUUUUUAUUUUCAAGAGAGAGAGAGAGAGAGAGAGUAAAACAGGAGAAUAUAAUUUCUUUUUUGUAUUUUUAUAUUAUUUUUUUGUAAUAUCCUCUUAGGUGUCCAAUUUAAGUUUUUUAUUCUAUUUUUAUUCUGAAAAAAUUCUUAUCUAUAAGAUAAAAUAAGAAUAAUAUUUAUGAUGUUAUAUUUGCUCAUUAUAUGUGUCUAAUAUUAAUCUCAUUUUUAUGUCAUAAUUUGCUUUUCCAAAAAUGCUAUUAAGUAUAAAUAUAUGAUAUCACAAAUUAAAUAUCUAUUAUUACAUAAUUAAUAUACAUAAUUAAAUUUACUGAAGGAAAAUACAUUGUCUAAUAUAAAUUACGUUAUUAUUUUUUUUUAAAAACACAAUACAUUUACAAAAGACACAAUAUAUUUUUAUAAUUUUUGAGGAUUCAAUUAAAUGACUUUAUAACUAAAUUAUAAUUUCAGUUACAGCAUGUUUAUUCCGAAUUUUUAUAUAUUAAGAAAGAAAUAUUUGUUUCUAGAUUAUUUUAGAUGAAUUAUCUAAUUUUUUAAUAUAUAUGAGACAAAUAACAGAUCAUAAGAUAAAAAUAAACGAUGAUUACGCAUAUCGUUUAAUUGCAUGCUGUUUAUUAUUCUAAGUUUAAAUUAGAGAAUACAACUUAUCCAUGUACACGUGCGCUACAAUGAUUACUUGAUAUCUUAGAGCUUUCGUAAUAGUCAAGGUAAAUUACACUCAAAAAUAUUCAAAUGGAUUCGUCCGCUUCGAUAAAUAUAGCUUUCCUUCAUUCGCCUACAACAUAUCUAUAAGGAUCUUAAUUAAUACAUCGGCGCGUUUGAUGUGUUUAUCGUAGGAUAUUUCUAAAUUUAGUCCUUUUAUACAUAUAUAAAAAAAUUUAGCUUUUUUUAUAAACACUAUAAAAAAGACGAUGUUCUAUCAAAAGGCUGAAUUUUUUUAAUGCGAGGAUUGAACUUACAAACAUCCUGCGACAGAGACGUCGUAAAGACAAUGCGCACAAGACGAGAUCAAGAACGAUGUUGAUAGACAAUUAUUCUCAACCUCGGUUUUCAACGUGGCUAGAACCGCAUCAUAGCCAUGUGUACAAUCGUCUUCACUAUAAAACAAUACAUAUUUAAGAAUAUGAUGAUGGAAAAAGAGGAAAAAAUAUUGAAUCAAAGAGAUGUAAGUAGAGAGAAAGGGAUAAGAUCGGGUAAAAGUAUAAACGAAUGAAAUGGAUAAAGAUAAAAGUUGAAGGAGUAGGAAACACAAAUCGUUUUCCUUUGGCCUAGUCAAAUCCGCCAUCUAUUCAUCCCGAUCGCUCUAAUAUUAUGUAAUUCAACUAUCUAUGCCUAUAAUGAAAUUAAUAAUUUGGUAUAAUUGUAUCCGCGAAGGGAUAAUCAAAUUAUCUAUAUACAUUAAGAUCCUUAGAGUUAAUCGAACGCGAUUACAAUAUUUAAAUGAUUUAAUAUAGUGACAAAUUUUACUAUAUUGCUUUGCACAUUUCCACAUUUCGUUUAUCCCUAUAAAAAUUGCAUUUCUCGCUCGUUUUCCAUUGAAAAAAAAAAUCGAUAUAAUAUAUAAUAAAUACAAGAUAUCUAGAUCCGAGAUAUCGCGAUCCUUGAAUGUACAAACGAGCUUCUUUAAAAUAAUCAUUUUCGUUUUUAUUUUUCUUAUGUCAAACAUAGUCAGAAAUAUUUUCGCGGAAUGUUUGAGUCGGAACGUAGUAUUCAUUGACAAAAAUUUACGUUAAAUGCAUUAUAAUAAAAUGCUUAUAUGUAUAUAUUAUAUAUCAGUUAAAUUCGCACUUAAAUCUAUUAUUUUUCUCACUCUUUUAUAGAAACACAUGACUAACAAUAAAUAAAAUUAUAGUGCAUAUGGCGCUAACUUUAAUUUUCAUUGCGUGAACAAUGAAUUCUUUGGAUUUAAAUGCAGUUUCGCCUUUUGCAGAAUAUUUGUAAACUUUGUUUUUUUCUUUACAAAAAAGUCUAGAUGCUUCCUUAUUAUUUUUUUUUUUUUUUACAAAUAUUCUGCCACAAAUAGCAAUGUUAUGACUUAGUGUAUGUACAUUAGGAAAUGUGCAUUAGAAAUCGGCAAAUAUUUGUGUUUGUAUUUCUUAGCCCUUGUUCACACAGUAUUAGGCAGUAGUUGCGAGAUACAAACGCAAGUUUUCAAUAGUAUCAUGAAUAUGAGAAUCUUGCAACUAUUGCCUAAUACUGUGUGAACAAGGAAUAAGGAAUACAAACACAAAUAUUAUUUGCCGAUUUCUAAUGCACAUUUCCUAAUGUACAUACAUUAAGUCAUAACAUUGCUGCUGAUAAAUUAAUUAUUACUUUUGACAGAGGUCUUUUUCACGUUCGCGAAAUCGUGAAGUCGAAAUGAUACUAUCCUGCGAAUAAUGCGAUGUAUAAUUGUACAAUCCACCGCGAAAAUUCUAAGUAUGUAUGAUCAAAAUAUAUGAUUCACAUAUAUGUACAAAGAUAUCUGGAGUCAUACAAAUGACGCGCUUCUCAGAAGGAAAAUGAAGACUUGAGGCUUUAUGAAGGAACUUUUAUCAGAAGCGUUGCUACAUCGUUAUGCGCUUGCAAGAUAGCAAUCAUAUAUAUAUAUGUAUAACGUUUUAAAUCGAUUAAGUGACACAACUAUAGAAUAGAUAAAAUAUGCAGCGCAGGUACUUUUCAAAAGUAAAGAAAACGUGCGCGAGAAUAAUAGCAAGUAAUACAUUUUAUUGCGAAAAUAAUUUAUUGCAAAUAUGUUCAGGAAAUAAAAAAGAAAAUAAGUGAAUUUCUCAGAAUAAAUCGAAAAGAAUUCGUUUCAGUGAAACUAGACGUUUUUAAAAUCGAGGAAUUUUUAAGAUAAAAUAUCUUUAAAAUUAAAAAUUGAUUAAAAAAAAAUUAUCUCUGUUUAAGUUAUAUCUUCAUAUAAUUUAUACAAUUUUUUCUUAUUAUGUGUAUAUAUAUAUAUACAUAUAUAAAUAUAUAAAUAUAUAAAUAUAUUAUUAUAUAAUAUAUUUAUAUAUUAUAAUAUGUAUAUAUACGUAAAAUUUUGUAUUUUAUUUUAAAUGUUUCCAAUUUUUUUUUUUUUUUAUUUUUAAUUUUACAUAUAAUAAAAAUUUGAAAUAGAAAUAAAAAUUCCUAAUUAUAUAGAAUGAAUUCCCAUCGAUUUAGUUCACUUAUUUUUUACAUGUUUACACUUGUUAUAAACUUGUUAUAAAUGAUAAUAUGAUCUCGUUAUAACUGUACUCGUUAUAAACUGUAAAAUUUUACCUCAUGGAGCGCAUAAUUUUAUUCCGGUUACUGCUCUUUCUGUCUCUCUUCAGAAUUUUAUUUCGAUAGUAAAACUCUUCGAAAUACUACGGUGUUUUAUACAAAUACGUGCGACAAAUCGAUCAGGAAUGUAAGGCACGAUCGUGAACCUUAGACGGAGGAUUCUGACGAUUAAUUUAAUGAUUUUCUGUGCUUACGAACAGUAGAAGAAAACGAUGUACGAUCAGACGUUGACAACAUCUUUCAAGUGGCGUUAUCGCAAGAAAACGGGGUUUAAUCCUCUCUCACUUAUCAGACAUGUUAUAUAUUUAUCGUUACUCAGAUUUAGUGUAUUAAUUAACAUCUCCAGAGCUAAUUCAAAAUAAAUUAUUCGACAUAUUUAACUACUA